GCCUUCAAUUCUAUAAAUAGACCUGAAGGGCGGGCUAUGUGCAUGGAGCUGCUAAAUGUCAUGUGGAUGGUGUUUGUGCAACGUGUACCUGAGCUAAACCUACCGUACACCAUCCACCUACACAGGCUCAUAGACCAUGCCGUGUCGAUGUUUAUGAGCGAUCACAAAGUAACAGAGGGCAGCUACACUGUAUUGCCAGGAGGGAUAGUGGAGGAGUUUGUCAACGGACUGGCACAGCAGAACAGGGAGCAGUACACACAGCAAAAGGUAUGGUAG